CGAAUAAAAAUUAUAUAUAUAUAUAUAUUUAAAAUUAAUAAAAAGAAUAUUUAAUUCUUUCUAGUAUUGAAUAUUUUAAGAAUUAUUUUUUACGAAUAAUUAAACAUGCCUAAAAUUCGUGUGAAGAGAAGUGCCAUAUGGCGACAUUUUUCCAUAAAUUACCAAGAAGAUGGAUCACACGCGAUUGUCAAGUGCAACAAGUGCAAUCUCACGGUGCCUUAUUGUAAAAACACAACGAAUCUGUGGUCACAUAUUCGUAUACGUCACAAAAAUAUUCUAGAAAACGAACUACCUAGUCAACCAAAUAAAAAAACAAACCAAAAUCACGCGUCCACUUCGUGGAAAUCAUCCAGACAGAGAUCGUCAACUUCUUCGAAAAUUUGUGAUAUAUCGGAAAAAUAUUUUGAUUUGAGACGAGACAGAGAGAUAACACGAUCUUUGAUACAAAUCAUAGCCGAAAACGUAAUCCCGUUCUCCACGGUGUAUGGAAAAGGAUUCACAAAUUUCAUAAGAACGUUGAACGACAAAUACAAAGUGCCAGAUAAAGAUACCUUGAUUUUAGAAUAUCUUCCAGAAUUGUACGAGCGUAAAUGCGUAGAAAUGAAUGAAAUUUUAUCGAAAGCGACGAAUAUUCACCUUACCACAAGUUUAUGCACAGAUUCUAAACGCGGAUUACCAUUUAUGAUAACGAUCGCGCAUUUUUGCGCCAACGAAGUCCAGCAUCAUAAAGUUUUGCAGAUCUCGUGCCUGAAACAAAUGAAUAAAACGACUAUAAGCGAGAACUUGUUAAAAGUUGCUGACACUUGGAAGAUCGCUUCGAAAAUAAGAACUGUCGUUUACAAUGGUAAAAGUGAUAUUGUGAACACGAAUGAAACAGAAUGGCGACAGAUAUAUUGUUUCGGUCGCACGUUGAACUUGAUCACACGAAACGCUAUAAGAGAUACUGAAAUUAUAAACGAGGUGGUGAAUAAAUGUCGAAAUAUUGUUCAUUCUUUUAGAUUCAAUAGCACCGUUACGAAAUUAUUGAGGAAGCAUCAACUUGGAGAAAAUUCAUCGAAAAUUUCGAAUUUGUUCAAAGAUACUGAUCGAUGGACCACUGUGUAUUUAUUGUUGAACAAUAUAAACGAAUUAAGAUCUGUUCUAUCAGAAGUUUUUCUCAAAGUGUCGCAGAAGGACGUACCAUCCUUGACAGAGCAUGAAUGGAGGAUAAUUUCCGAGAUGAUAAGGGUUUUGAAACCAUUGCACGAGGCUACGAGAGAAUUAUUGGUCGAUUGUACCGUGACAAUUUCAAAAAUAAUACCCAUAGUUCAUGGUGUGGAGGCUGCUUUGAAAAAUACGGAUAAUUUGUCGCAAGAUGUGAUUUUGUUCCGUGACAAUUUAUUAACAUUUUUCGGUAAACGAUUUGAGAAUAUCGAAAAAAAUCCUGUUUACGCCAUUGCCACGUUUUUGGAUCCUAGAUACAAGGAUAUCGCGUUUCAAUCGAAAGAAUGUGUUAAAUUGGCGAAACAUUUGUUGAUUCAGGAGUUAAAUUAUUGUUUCAAUAAUGAAAAGAAUAAUUCUGAUUUACAUAUGGAUAAAGUGGAGAUAAAAGAGGAGAAUAAAGAAACGAAUAUUUUGUGGGCAGUAUUCGAUAAGAGAGUUCAAGAGUUGCAGAUUGAAUUUGAUAAUUGUGAAAUUUAUUAUUCAUUGAAGUAUGAAUUGGAGAGAUACGCAAAUGUGAAAAUAAUUAAUAGAAAAACCGAUCCAAUCAUAUGGUGGAAUAACAUGGGCCAUUCAACGUUUCCAAGGCUUUCGAAACUUGCAUUAGAAUAUUUAUGCAUACCUUCAUUCUCUGCACCUAAAAAUCUCUUGUUUUCAAAAAUUCGUAAAAUUUUAUUUAAUCGAGAAAUGGAAUUACCAACGAAAUAUAUUAACAUGUUGGCUAUAAUAAAUUUAAAUUAA